UUCUGCCCUGAUCCGGACAGAUGGCCUGGAGAAGCCGUCCUAAUCCUUUUAGCUCAUCCCCUAAUACUUCCGUAGGUGGGUCACCUCCCACAGGCUCCUGUAGUGUCCCAGCCAUGGCGGGGUCCCUCGAUAAAAGGGAGGCGGAGGACUGGAGCCCAACCCCUCCAAUGUAUGAGGAGUACCGGCCACCCCCACUGGACGCCAUCCGCCUGCCUCGCUAUGCCCUGUAUCUGCUGAUGGCCGCCAUUCUGGUGGUAGCCGUGGCCUACGCCAUUGUUGGCCACCUCAUCAAAGAUCUAGCUCACGACCUGGCUGACUGGGCCUUUGGCCCUAAGCCUGACCAGGAGGAAGGUCCCCGGGAGCUGCGGGCCAGCCUGGCCAUGGAGGACCUGGAAGAGCUGGACCUUCAGCUGGCCCUGGCCUGGCGUGGGGAGGAGGACACCGCCCGGGCUCCUCGUCGGCCCUCCAUCGCCUUUAAGGAUCCUCCUGUGCAAACCAACUUUUGGAGGCUGGACUGA